GGAGCAGCGUCAACGGGACAGGGAGCAUAUGAAGAGGAGGGAGCCCAGACACCGAAACAGAGCUCACUUUUCAUGGGCAUGGGAUGAACCGGUCUCAAUAGCAGCCCGCAGAGUUCCUGGGGAAUUCUCGUGGUAAGAAAGUGAAGCCAUGUGAAACAGGCCCUAGCGGACUGGACCACCGAGAAAACUUUGGAUCCAGGACUUGUGGAGCUCGCUCUCGCUGUGUGACUUCGACUUUUCGAGCUCCAUCGAAACCUUAAAACCAGAACCGACAGGUUUGGGGUUUUGAAAAGAAUUUCUCGACUUGGAGGAGCUCGUCCGGGUUCGUGCCAGCUUUCGAGGCAGCUUCAGCUUCUGCUCUGCAUCUGCAUCUACCGACUACCGGGAUUUUCUAUCGGGCUCAGAUCUGGAUCUGGAGACUGUUUGCAAGACCUCUGCCGGGCAAGCCGGCCGACCUCUGCCAUUCUUCCGAGCUCGCUGUCAAUCCAUGAGAUCUUAUCGACGAUUUGCGCGUAUCGGCCGAGGGCGUCGGUGAAGGAUUUGUGUCGGCGGAGUCGAUCACAGACGAGGAAGCGAGGAAGCAAGGAUCGAUUGUGGGGCAUGCAUGGUUGACGAAUCGUCGGCGUGAGUGAGCGAGCGAGGGAGUCACAGGGUGGCACAUUGUCCUGCCCAGGCCGGAGCGAAGAGGGCUGCACGACCUAGGGAGGGAGGGAGCCAUGGGGAAGGGGCUGGGAUUCAAUGGAACUCUGUUCCAGAAGAUAGUGAUCAGCUACACGUACGUGGCGAUAUGGAUCUUCUUGAGCUUCACGGUGAUCAUCUUCAACAAGUACAUUCUCGACAAGAAGAUGUACGACUGGCCGUUCCCGAUCAGUCUGACCAUGAUCCACAUGGGCUUCUGCUCGUCGCUGGCGUUCCUGCUCGUGCGAGUGUUCAAAUUCGUCGAGCCCGUGGGCAUGACUCGAGAGCUCUACAUGUCGUCGGUGGUGCCGAUCGGAGCGCUGUUCUCGCUGAGUCUGUGGCUCUCGAAUUCGGCCUACAUCUACCUGUCCGUGUCGUUCAUCCAGAUGCUCAAGGCUCUGAUGCCCGUGGCCGUGUAUUCGAUCGGAGUGAUGCUCAAGAGGGAGACCUUCAAGUCGCAGACUAUGGCCAACAUGGUGGGAAUUUCCGUCGGCGUGGCCAUCGCCGCGUACGGCGAGGCGAAAUUUGACAGCUGGGGCGUUCUGCUGCAGCUCGGCGCCGUGUGCUUCGAAGCCACGCGCCUGGUGCUCAUCCAAAUUCUUCUCACCUCCAAGGGCAUCUCGCUCAACCCUAUCACGUCGCUCUACUACGUCGCCCCGUGCUGCUUCGUGUUCCUGUCCAUCCCCUGGUGCCUGAUCGAGUACCCGAAGCUCGCCCUCAAGGCCACGGCCACGUCCGAUUACGACUUCGUCGUCUUCGGCAUGAAUUCCGCCUGCGCCUUCGCGCUCAAUUUGUCGGUCUUCCUCCUGGUGGGCAAGACGUCGGCCCUGACGAUGAAUGUGGCCGGCGUCGUUAAGGAUUGGCUUCUGAUCGCCUUCUCGUGGUCGAUCAUCAUGGACCAGGUCACCACCGUCAACUUGAUCGGAUAUGGCGUUGCGUUUCUGGGAGUCUGUUACUACAACCACGCCAAGCUUCAGGCUAUGAAGGCCAAGGAGACCCAGAAGAAGGCCAGCGAGCCGGACGAGGAGAUCGGCCUCCUGGAACAGAAUAAAAACAGGGAUGACGAGAAUUUGGCGCUGGGCAGGAAAGCAGACGCCCAGGCCUAGCUAGAGUGACGAUCACGAUCACAAGCGUGUACAACAACAACAACAAUAUGCUAGGGACCGACUAGGGUUACUCGAUGAUUUCGACCUCGAUCACGUACAUCUUCCUGCUCUGGCCUGGCGCAGCCUCUGCUUUCUGCGGAGCCUUUUCUCUCAGCUAUCACGUCUCCACGAGCCCAUUUCGCACUCUAGGAUCCACAGCUCACAUUCACCGCUCGGGCUCGUGGGGACGAAGGGUUGGACAGGCCGGGGGGGUGGGGAGGAGCCCGAGGUCGAAGUCAUAGUAUCGAUCAAAGAAUCAUUCAUUCAUUCAUUCUGGCAAGGUUCUCUUGCCGGGAGGUACUGUCAGGUAUUGCUACAUCCGAGCGCUUUUAGAAUAUGAUGACUGCUCUCUGCUCAAAAAUUGACCGACUGUCGCUCGGGUCAGGGGUGUCACCGGGUGACAGGAAGAGAAUCCUUUCUACAAUAGGAAGGGGCCGACUCUUAAGCAUUUGCGAGAUGAAAAUAUUUCAUGUAGCUUUACGCUGCUGUAGCAAAGUAAGCUGAAUGGAUCUCGUAUGAUAUUUUUUGGAUGCAAUGCAGAAGUGCCAAUUUUGAAUCCGGAGCUGCGAUGGUGGUUCCCAGCUUUUAUUCUCUGUUUCCUUUGGACUUCGUACCGUAUAAAAGAUUGUCUCUAGCCCCUGGACGAAGUGCGC